UAAUGAAUUUGGAAUUGUGUUGUUGCUGUAGUGCAGGCCCUCCAUUAAAUAAGUCAGAGCUUUGCGGCUUCGCAUAAACAAACACAAAAGCUUUAUCACUUUCAUUUUUUCAUUGAGUCAAGAAACCUAGAACUUUCCUUCAGUUGUAGAGGACUCAGGGUAGAAUACUGUUAAUUUCAAUGUCUUCUGAUCUCUAUACUUUUGACAUUCCUUUCCCCAGACAUUCAGACACAGACAACAUGGUCUCCUAUGAUACAGAUGGAAAUCUUAUGUUUUUCUCGGACCCUUAUUCCUUCCCUUUCCUCACUGCCUCUCCGGUUCAUGAUGUAGCUAAAGGGAAUUUUACCAAUUCUCUUCACCCUUCUUUAUUCUCUUAUUCUCCUCAGAAAAACCAGAGCCUCUGUCAUGCUAACCUGGCGCAGCCUCUAUCAAAUGGCUCAAAUAUAAAGUCUGAGUUUAGAAAUUUCUCUGCUUUGCAUGGCUCCGAAGUGACAGGUGAGGAGUGCCAAAUGGGUGUGGAUUACUCCUGCAAUCAGCACUUUCUUUCUCAAACUUUUCAUGCUUCUUCUGAUAGUGCAUCGAAGGUAAUACAAAGGAGCUUCAGCUGUAACUCUUUCGGGGUGAAGCCAGGUUUCCCCGUUGAACCUCACCACGACACUCUCAUGGAUUCCACAAAUUUUCAAUUGCAUGCUCUGAUUUCCCCCGAAAACAGUUUCUUCACGGGACAAAUGAGGAGGGUGUACAGUACUGGAGAUUUACAGAACACGAAAGCAACAGAUAUGUCUCAAGUGGAGAGCCCCUUGUUGGAGGAAGCAUACUUCAAAGUGGGGCGUUACAGUGCCGAAGAAAGAAAAGAAAAAAUCUCUAAAUACAGAGCGAAGAGAAGCCAGAGGAAGUUCAACAAGAUUAUCAAGGCUGUGUAG